GGCACGGGUCGGUAGAUUUUGCGCCUGCAGGCUUGUACUUUUGUACUUUGUGUAUAUUUUUCAAUUUUUAUCAACUGUUUAUGAUGGAUAUGAAUGAUUUCUUAGUGAUGCAGGUGUUCUUAAAGUUUGUGCGCGAUAAUGCGUAUGUGGUGAAAUUGCAUGUGGCGAAGAAAAUCAACCAGUCCACGGUGAAGGUUCUGCAGAAUUUGGUCGAGUGCGACCCAAGCUACCGUGUCGUUUGGAUCCUGCCCACAGAGAAAGAUGAUGGAGUAAUAGUGCUGCGUGCCGCGGUUGGCGGCGAAGCGCCAUACACGCUCGCGACGGAAGAGAAGCUGAAGAAGAUCAAAGUGCUGAUGCAGAAGUGGGACAAUCCCACCAUCCAGAGUGCAUCAACACCGAAACACCCGACCCUGUUUGAGAUAUUUGUGCCGUGUGCUAGUUGGAUGUUUUGGUCCAUCGGGCAGGAUGUGGCGUGUCGUGGGAAUGUUCCGCCGAACUGCCAUUACGACCAGGCCACCUCGUUGCAGCGCUGCCAGCUGCCGGUGAGCAUGCGGUUCGGCAAGAUACUACAAACCCUCCUAAUGGACAAGCCAUUCCCGUUCAUCAUCUGCGGUGGCCCGGACAGUGGCAAGCGCACGGAGAUCGUGCACUACAUACUGGAAAACUGUCGCCUGCAUCAGGCCCCAUGCCGGACGCUGUGCGUGCUGCACGACGAGGUCGAGGUAAUGGCGGCCGCCGAACGCGUCUGCAAGGAGCGCAACGAGCAGAUCGGCAAUACGAUCGGGUACAAGCUGCACAUCAACUCGCAGGUGUCGGAGAUGAACAACGUGGUGUUCUGCACCAUCCAGACACUGCUGCUGUCCCUGCUGUCGGAAUCGGGGCAGAAAAUGUUGAUCCAGCUAACGCACCUAGUGGUGGACAGCGUGGACCGGGGCGCGAGUGACAUGAACCUGUUGCUCUCGCUGCUGAAGGAAAAGCAACACCUGCACCCGACCAUGAAGCUGAUACUGCUGUCCUCGAGCAGUGUGGUGCCAACGUUGGGCAAGUUUUUCGGCGAGUCGCAAAUUGUGCAAGUACCGCACAACCCUCCGUCCGUGCGCUACCUGCCAAGCAAGCCGCACGGCGUGGAGUACUACUACCUGGACGGGAUAUUGGACCGCAUCUGCAAACAUGAGGUAAUACAGAAGAUGAAGGAUCAUCUUCAGACGUCGCAAAAUCCCUUGAAGCUGAUGGCGAAGCUGCAGGUUUACUACGGUCCCCGGCAGCUUAAUCGCAACGUGACGCGUAUUAUGGACCAGCUGCUGCUCAAGUGCUGGUUUGCAAGUGACACAAAGCCAUUCGUUGUCCUGCUGCGGCUGCUGGCGUACAACAAACAUCUGGUGGACUAUCAAAACUCGGACACUCGCAUGAGCGCGCUCAUGAUCGCCGGUGCGAAAGGUUACGUUGGGGUCGUUCGGGAUCUGCUAGCGAUCGGGGCCAAUCCGUACUUGGUGGGCCGCAAAUCGUUGAGUGCGUUGGAUUGGUGCACAUCGGGGCAACAGAAUCCGUGCUGGCAAAUCAUGAAUGCAGCGCAUCGAGCGGAAGCGUCCACCAUUGCUGCCGGCUCGAGGCUAGCUCUGCUGUGUCAACUGUACCACAAAGUGUACAACCCGUACACCGUCGACCAGCAACUAGUGGUGGACGUAGUGGCGCACAUCUGCAAGUCGUGCCUCCCAGGCAAGAUUCUCGUGACGAUGCCCGAUUUCUCGGACGUGCUCGAGUGCUACGAGCUGCUGCAGAAGAGCCUGGGCACCCGGAAACGGAUAGGCUUUCUGAUCUGGCAUCGAUUGCUGACGGAAGAGGAGCUAAAGGACUACACGGUGCAUCCCGAGGGGGAUGGCCUUCUCUACGUGGUGAUACUGAUGGCAGGACCACUGCUCGAGUUGGUGUCCACUGCGGGAAGCAUCGACUAUGUGGUCGAUACCGGGUUGAAAGUACACCCGGGGGGUGAUUAUGCUAAGGGCCUUUGCGUUGAUCGUGCCUGCAAGGCGUCUGUAGAAACGUCGAACCUGCUAAAGUGGCUUGCCCAGCGCAAAUGUUACAUGCUCUAUCCGAUGGGCAGUUUGGAGGAAGAUCACGCCACCGAUCCACACAAAGAUUGUUUCUCCCGCGCGGAACCUCCCGAAACCGUGCUGAAGGCGGUACUGUGUCGGCAUCAAUCUUCCUGCUCGUCGGUCGAGAUAUUCUUCGACACCGCCCUGAUUCCGGCGAAUGCCACCAGCAUUACCAGCUCGCUGGAACUGCUCGACGAAAUCGGCGCCAUCGAGCGCCCGCUGCAAGUGCCAACGAGUCUGGGCUUACUGUUGGUGCACCUGAACGUAGGCAUCCAUCUCGGCAAGGCAUUGCUGUAUUCGGUCCUGUUUCGAUGCCUAGAUCCAAUACUCACCAUCGUGGCCGCCAUGAAGGUGGGCAAUCCGUUCAUCGAACCGCUGGACGAGAAGGGCGAGAGCGAGCUGAUGCAGCUGAAGUUUGCACUGCACAAUCGCACGUACAGCGAUUGCAUGGUCGUGUUGCGGCUGUACCAACAAUGGUCCCUGGCCAAAACGCUCCAAACCGAUGGGGAAAUGGUACAAAACAGUCACCUCAAGGUGGGCUACAUGGAGGCCCUUUCCAAUGCGCGCGUCGAGCUAAUGUCGGCGUUGCGUCUACUCGGGAUAGUCAAGUGCGGCCGGGGACACAAUACGGAAGAGCUGAACGUGAACUCCAGCAAGUGGGUACUGGUGAAGGGUUGUCUAGCGGCAGGACUGUAUCCUCAGCUGGUCAUCGCUGACUAUAAAAACAAUCAGCUGACCACCAGCGGUGGCGAGGGAGUUUGCGAGGUACACCCGCUGUCGGUGGCCCAGGUUGAGAAUCUACCCACCAAAUGGGUAGUGUACGUUAGGAAGCAGGAACUAUUGCUGGACCUAGACGAGCAGGACCAGGAAGAACCAGUGCAAUGCACACCGAAGACACAGAUCUGCGACAACACUGUCAUCUCCGACUGGACGCUUCUGCUGAUUUGUGGUGUUGAUCGGCCCGGCGCACAGGAAACCGGCGCUCUGGAGUUGCGCAAACCACCCAACAACGCGGACGGUAACGGCGAGCAGGAGCUGGUCGAAUUCAUCGUCGAUCGGAAGUACUCGUUUCAGCUGCCGCACGGCUACUAUCGUGCGGUGCUGUGGAUUCGCUCCAAACUCGGCCACCUGUUCCGGAACUUUACGCAAAAUCCGCUCAAAACGCUCGAGCGGAAGGAGACGACUGUGUUGCUGAACAAAAUCGCAGAGAUUUUGCAGCUCGAGGACGCUAGCCUGAUGCUCGGUAACGUGGUGAUGGAUACGCGCCCCAAGAUACGGAACUCGUUGCCAAUGGGAACGCUGUGGAAUUAUGCUCACUACAUGAUGGAACAGUCGUCGAUCGGCGAAGGCGGCAAACCUGGAAGCUCUUCCCAUUAAGAAUUUUCCGCUAAACUGCUUCCAUUUCUUAUCUCGUUUACUUCCGAGUUCGUAUGCUUAAAAUUAUAUAUAGUACAAAGGGUCUGUGGUUGUGUGCAGAUUAAAAGAAGGAG